AUGAGGCACCGACUGUCGGCGCUGGCCUCGCUCCCACGCGCCUCAACCUUCCCGACCGCUCGAUGCGCGCCACUGUUCACACGCAACUCUCCACGCAUAUCAAUACAGCUUAGGGCAUCCUCCCAGCUCAGAUGCUAUGCGACCAAGCCCAGAGGCCUGGACAAGGAGACUGACAAGUAUGGAGACUACAGCAACUCCAAUGCGCGGCCUGCUGCAGACCUCAAUGAAAACAUCACACAGGAAGAGAAGGACCACUUCGCAAAGAAACUGAAGGAAGACAAGGGCAAGCAAAUACGAACACCAUGGCACAGGGAAGGAAGCGACCUGCCGCCUGUCGCGCGACAGAGGAGCGCUGGAGCCAUGACCAAGGGCAAACUUCUCACUACCCCGUCGCGGAUGCUUAAGAUCAUCCUGCCACUCACGACGAGCGACAUGAACACCGAUCGCAAAGACGUGGAACCGCUAGCACUCCUCGUCCACCCACAGCAACCCAUCUCCUACCUCGAACGCCUGAUACAAGCCGAGCUACCCACAAUUAAGGACAAGGAGGGUCGUGAUCGUCAGCCGAAUGUCUACUUUCGCGCCGAGGACUCAAUGCAGCACGACGCAGAGCCGGAGGAAGUGGAAAGCACACCAGUCAGUAACGAAAGCGAGAGUCUCAGCGAGAAAGACGGCGAGGAGGACUUUGGACAGGUCGAUGAGAUCCGUAUCGACGGAAAGGUCCAGAAAACAGGGAAGCUCAACAGCCAAGAUCGGAAGACACCUGAGCAAGCUGAGCAGCUGCGAGGUGGGCCUGGAAAGGGAGGCGUCGAGUCGUACUCCGGACAGGGUCAGGAAGCACCAGCAGACAAGCAAGGCGAGCGCAAGUUUGUGCGAUGGUCUUCAUCGACCGAGAUUGGAGACUUCAUCCGCGAUGCUGCUCGCGGGCAAGAAUUCGCCAUUGAGAUUGAAGGUGCGCCAGAGGAGAUCCGGGUUGGUGUGCCCAGCUUCAACGACAGGACCUACUAUCUACGAAUGCGUCUGCGCAAGACGUCCAAGAAGAUUAGCGAGAUGGCGAGCGUGAAGAAGGAGUGCGAUGACUUGGCACAGGCGGCGGCAAAGAACGUUGCAAGGGCUGGCUUUGUGGGCAUCGCCGGAUGGUGGUGCGUUGUGUACUACCUCACCUUCCAGACAGAGCUGGGCUGGGAUGUCAUGGAGCCCGUCACAUAUCUGGUGGGUCUCUCCACUCUUAUCGGAGGUUACGUAUGGUUCCUCUACCACAACCGCGAAGUCAGCUACCGGUCUGCCAUGAACUUCACCGUAUCUCGCCGACAGCAGAAGUUGUACGCGCAACAUAAUUUUGAUUUGCGCAAGUGGGAAGUCCUGAUCGAAGACGGAAAUGCCCUUCGCAAGGAGAUCAAGGCUGUUGCCAACGAGUACGAUGUUGAGUGGGACGAACUGCAAGAAGAGAAGGACGAGAAAGUCCAGGAAGCACUCAAGAAGGACCGCAAGAAGAAGGAGGAAAAGAAGAAGUCCAAGGACGACGAGGAUGACCCGGCACCGGAACCGAAGAAGGACGACUAA